CCAAUUUGUCACUCAGUGGCUGAAAACUGAAGCCAGAGCUCAACUCUAUCCUCAUCUUCCUUGUUCCUCCAUGGAAACACUCUCGAGCUCUAUCUCAACUCUCAAAGUCCCAAGCACCCUUCUCUCAACUCCAUCUCGUGAAGUCCUCCACCAUUUCAAAGCUUCUCACAACACCCACAAACUUCCUCCACAAACCCACCUCCACAAACCCACCACCACCACCACCAAAACCACCUCUUUCACUCAAAAGCCUCUAACUUUAUCAACACCCUCAUUCUCAAUCCCCACCACCCUCUUCUCAGCUCCAACUCUCCACAGUAACCCAGCUUCUGGGUAUGCAGCUGCUCUUUUGGACAUUGCUCAGUGCAACAGGAACCUUGAUUUGGUUCACAAGGAUGUGAAGAGGUUCUUGUUGUUGCUCCACAACAAGCAGGUUGAAGCAGUUUUGGGAAGCCCAUUUGUGGGGUUGGAGGAGAAGGGCCAAGUGAUGAAGCUGGUGGCCCAGAAGGGGAAGUUCAACAAGCACUUGGUGAGCUUGGUGAAGAUGUUGGUUGGGAAAAGUAAAGUUGGGAAAAGUAAAGUUGGGAAAAGUAAAGUUGGGAAAAGUAAAGUUGGGAUUGUGAAGAAUGUGUUGGAGGAGUUUGGGAGGAUAUAUAGUGAGCUAUCCGGGGCUAAUCAAGGAUUGCUAAUAGGGAUGUGAAGGUCGAGGUAAGGAGUUUGGUUUAUCAUGAAUCUUAAACUUGUUGGUUAUAUUUAGUUUGCUGUAUUAUAAUACCACAAGCAAUUAUAAAGAUUGCAAUCUGCAAUCUCGAAAGAGAA